AUGCUGUCUUCCGCAUUCUACUUGGUCGCCUGCCUGGCGCUGCCGGGCCUCGCGCAAGUCAUCACCGAUGAUACUAUCUUCUACGGCCAAUCGCCUCCUGUGUAUCCGUCGCCUGAAGGGACGGGUACGGGUGACUGGGCCGACGCGUACUCGCGUGCGAGAGAUAUCGUGUCUGAACUGACUCUUGCGGAAAAGGUGAGCCUAACGGGAGGCAUAAGCUCUAGCAGCUCGUGCUCAGGAAUCAUCCCUUCUAUACCACGAGUCAACUUUACGGGUCUCUGCCUCAGCGAUGCCGGGAACGGACCGAGAACGACGAACUUCGUUUCAAGUUGGCCGGCAGGUCUAUCAGUCGGCGCGAGCUGGAACAGAGAACUUGCUCAUAAGAGAGCAGUUGGAAUGGGCGGCGAGUUCCGAGCUAAAGGAGUCAAUAUUCUGCUAGGCCCGGUUGUAGGGCCACUAGGACGAAUCGCUUCAAGCGGGCGUAACUGGGAAGGCUUCUCUAAUGACCCUUACCUCUGUGGUGCAUUGGCGUAUGAGACUGUCCAGGGCACCCAGUCUACAGGUGUCAUCACGAGCACAAAGCACUUCAUUGCAAAUGAACAAGAGACCAACAGGAACCCAGAGCGUGAUGUGGCAGCACUGUCGUCCAAUAUCGACGAUAAGACGAUGCAUGAGCUAUAUCUCUGGCCAUUCCAAGACGCCGUCAAGGCGGGCACGGGAAAUAUCAUGUGCUCAUACCAACGUGUCAACAACUCCUACGGCUGCGCCAACAGUAAGACGCAAAACGGGCUGCUAAAGACAGAGCUCGGAUUCCAGGGCUUCGUCGUAACAGACUGGGGUGCGCAACACGCCGGCGUUGCGACAGCUUUGGCAGGGCUUGAUAUGGUGAUGCCUAGCGGGUCGCAGUUCUGGGGAAACAGCUUGAUCACGGCGGUCAACAAUGGAUCUGUCCCCGAGUCUCGCAUUGAUGACAUGGCGACGAGAAUCAUCGCGACAUGGUUCAAAAUGAAGCAAGCCGAAGAUUUCCCAUCUAUCGGAGCCGGCAUGCCAUCGGACCUCCGAGCACCACACCAAAAGGUGAUCGCAACAUCGCAAAGUAACAGGGACGUGCUCCUACAGGGUGCCAUUGAAGGCCACGUUCUAGUAAAGAAUGAGAGAGGCGCUCUGCCCCUCAAGUCCCCUGAUAUGAUUUCCCUCUUCGGCUACUCCGCGAAGGCAUUCAACUCGUACACACCCGGCUCCCGCGGCUGGAACGGCGGCAGCCAGCCGGCUGCGACUGAGCGCAUGCAGAUCGCACCGGGUGGCACGCUGAUAUGCGGCGGUGGCUCCGGCGGCAAUCAACCAGCGUACUUGAGCUCGCCUUUCGAGGCCCUCAGUCUCCGCGCGUACGAAGACGGGACAAGUCUCUGGUGGGACUUCGACAGCGCGAACCCGGGCGUCGACCAAUCUUCCGACGCGUGCAUUGUCGUCGGAAACGCCUUCGCCACAGAGGGCUGGGACAGACUCGGCUUACACGACGACUACACCGAUGCACUGAUUAAGAACGUCGCCUCGCGGUGCAAUAACACCAUCGUGGUGUUCCACAACGCCGGCGUCCGCCUCGUCGACCAGUUCAUCGACCACCCGAACGUGACGGCCCUCAUCUUCGCACACCUGCCAGGCCAAGACUCCGGACGCGCCCUCGUGUCCCUCCUCUACGGCGACGUCAACCCAUCAGGCAAACUGCCGUACUCCGUCCCGCGCAACGAGUCCGACUUCGGUGGGCUACAAAACGCGACGCUGCCCGACGGCAUCUACGCGAAGUUCCCGCAGUCCGACUUCUCCGAGGGCGUGUACCUCGACUACCGCGCCUUCGACGCGAAGAACAUCACGCCGCGGUACGAAUUCGGGUUCGGCCUAAGCUACACGACCUUCGCCUACGCCGACCUCUCCGUGAACCUCGUCGAGGGCGCGGAUUUCGCGCAGUAUCCGUCGAAGCCCGUCGUCGAGGGCGGCCACGAGGACCUCUGGGAUACCGUCGUCACGGUCUCCGCGACGGUGACGAACACGGGGGAUGUCAGCGGCGCUGAAGUAGCGCAGCUGUAUGUGGGCAUCCCCGGCGGCCCCGUGCAGCAGCUGCGCGGGUUCGAGAAGAGCGUUAUCGCGCCCGGCGAAUCGGAAACUGUUGAAUUUGGAUUAACGAGGCGGGAUUUGAGCACGUGGGAUGUCGUCGCGCAGAAUUGGUUGCUGCAGAAGGGCCAGUAUCAGAUCUAUGUUGGCUCUAGUAGUCGGAAGCUUCCGCUAGCGGCGGCGCUGGAGAUUUGA